AUGGGUCCUUCAAGACACACGCGGUCGGCCGCGAACGCAGCCGCUCGAAGCGAAGAUUCCGCUUCCGCACCCGCUUCUUCUUCAGCACUCACCUCCACUGCAGCUUCUUCAAGAACACCUACUAGAGAAUCGCCUUACACCAGAACGCCAACGAAGCCAUCAUCUUCCGCCCUCACCCUUGGUCCUAGCACGCCAACGUCUAGGACCAGUUCACCAAUGAUGCUGCGUGAGAUCUUCUCGAUGAUCAGCCCCUUCCGGGGCCACAGCAAGGCAAGACGAUCUGCUGCCUUCGGCGCUGCGGAUGAGAUGGAAGCGGAGGAAGAUCAAAGCGCCCAAGCAGUACAGCCAACCCGAACGCCUUUGCUCGAGGAUGUGCAGGAAGAUGUCGACACUGAGGACCGAAUGAUCGAGCAUGCCGAAGAAGGUGUCUCGAACACUACCUCCGUCUCUCGCAAGCUUCUCGAUAUUCCUAGCUCAUCGCGGCCAGUGUCUCGUUCACCAAGCCCUAGACCACGGUUACCUAUUCCAAUGCCCGAGCCGCUCAAGUCGCUGCCUUUGGCCGACAGUGAACUCGUGACACCUGGCCUUCGUCGACAAGCUGACAACCUGCGGCCUGACCUAUUCACAUCAACUCCAGGUCCUUCAACGUCGUACGCGCCCCUGCCGCAACAGCAGAUGAGCCCGGUCUCUCGCAACUACGACUUGCUAGCUCGCUUCUUCUCUGAGAAGCAACGUGGAGGGCAAGGCGGCCUCACCGAGGUUGAAGUGGAAGGUUGCAUCAGGUUGAUCGAAGAAAGCAUGGCGACAGGCCGCAAUCUCGAGUCUGAAUUUGCUGGUAAUCACUCAUCCUCCCACGGUCGACAGUACCCAUCUAUGCAAGCGUUUGACUAUGCUUCCUCCACGCGCGCCAGCAGCAUCGUACCGUCAUCAUCUGCGAUGCCGGUCACGCAGAGCAUGGGCAAUCUCUUCCACCCAGGAACCAACCGCAUGCCCGCCUCGUCGAACUCGUUCUCUUUCUUGGCACCUCGCGCCGCUGCCUCGCAAUCUACCAGACCAUUUGGCGCACCGACCUUGUCAGCGCCGCGUCGUCGACCCAUCUAUUUGGGACCAGGCAUGAGCGGCCUGUCACUCCAUCGUAGGAGACCGGUCAUAUCCAGCGCCUCGCGUGCUGCCACACUUGCUGGUUCGCAAGGACAAGGCUUGGUGCCAAGGUCCAGCACGGAUCCUAAUCUUGCAAGACACGCACGAAACGAUGACGACACUAUUAUGCAGGACGCAUCUGAACGAGCUGCCGGUCUUGAGGAUGCAAAGCGCCGUCGUACAGCUGCCGCUGCUGAUUCUGGCUCUCCCGCACAGAGUCGCUCGUCGAUUGCGGGCCAGACGGUCCAAUUCGACCCCACGUACGAGAAGCAAGCUCGCCAGAGCAGCAUGCUUGCGAAGGACAUUGCAGCCUCUUCAUCCUCCACCAUUGCUGGCGCCUCUGGAUCGCCCUUGAAGCGAACAGCUCCGACUGCUGAGCCAGUCAAGACCAGUCCGCCAAAAGCAACAACACGCACCGCCAACGCCAUCCAAGACAUACUGAAAAGCAGCCCGCCUGUUCGUCCACCAACUAAGCCUGAGCUAGUCAAUCCAUACCAGCAAGUGGCACCCUUGCCAGCCAGAAGCAGGAAGCUUGGCGACAAUGAGACUUUGUCUUCAACAUCAGUGCGCCGAUCUGCUCGCUCGUCGAUGCUGACCCGCGCCAAGGAGAGGAAGACGGCAAAAGCGGCCGAGAAGAGCAGCCCGCCCAAGGAAACUGUCCUUGAGCUUAUCGAGCGUACUGCACCAAAGACUGCAGCCAGCAAGAGAAAGGCUACCAGCGAUGCAACGGAGGAUCAACGCAAUGGCAGAGCCACCACAGCUUCAUCAUCUACAGCAUCGGCUGCCUCUACAGCAGCUAGCGCCACCAUGGAAGAGCAACGCAAGCUGCAAAAGACGGAAGAGGUACAGCGACGUUUGGAAGCACCCGACAAGGCGAGGACCGAUCAACAAGCUGCAGCCAAGCCCACUGCUGCCGAUUCGUCAAGCUCGCAGAAAGCAGCGGGACCCAUUGCAAAGGCGGCCUCUGCUGCCAAUUUGGUGCCUCCACAGUAUACGGCUACAAAGCCAAAGAAACCUUCGCCUCUAUCGGCUACAUUCCAGGUACCUGAUUCGCCCAGCUCGGACUCGGAGUCGGCACCAGCACAGCCUCGCGGACCUGAGAUUGCUAAGCCGAGCUUCAACUUCGGAAGCUCCUUGGCAUCGACCUCCAGCGCUGCAAAGCCGCCAUCUGCACCAUUCUCAUUCAGCGCACCGAAGCCCAGCGCUCCUCCUGCUCUAGCUGCGGCAUCAGCGCCUGCUCCAAGCAGCGGUUCAUUCAGCUUCUCCGAGCCAGCAGUAGCAGCGCCUCCUGCCGCCGCUCCUUCUGCACCUUCGACGGGUUCCACUUUCUCGCCCAUCACACCAGCUUGCUCGCAGCCGCAAACAUAUUCCAAGCCUGCAGCUAUAACUCCUGCUAGGACGUUCAACUUCUCAGCACCUGCCGCCGCCCCUGCUUUCGCAGCUUCGAGUUGUUCUGCUGAGACAUCGUCGCCUCGCAGUGAAGUGUUGGCAGAAGACGCAUCCAAAUUGCCCAAGUUCGAAUGGCAAGUGCCUGCACCAAGCACCAGCGCAGCUGCCGAUAAAGCAUUGCGGGAUGAGAUCAAGUCAGUAGCUCAGUCGGCAUUGCCCAAGUUUGACUUCAUCUAUGAGGUCAAGACGGCGACUGCUUCUGGUGACAAGAAGAGACAGGGAGUAACCGCUGCUGCUCCAGUCGAGCCAGCUGCACCUGCACCUAGCGCUGGGUUCAGCUUCUCGGCUCCCUCUGCCGCUCCUGCACCUGCUCAAACUACUGCCAGCUCUGCUGCUUCUUCUGGCGAAGACAGGACGAGCGGUUCCGAUGAUCCCAGCAAGAACCAAUCCUCCGGCCUUCUUGGAGAAGGAGAAGGCGAAGAAUCGGAAUCGACCCUGCAUGAAGUCCGAGCAAAGAUCUGGUCUCUCGACCCACUGACUAAGGCGUGGAAGGACCUAGGAGUGUGCGUUGCAAAGCUCAAGCACAAUUCAGAGACCGGUAAACACAGACUGCUGGCUAGAAACGAGGCUAACGGUAAAGUAGCAGUCAACUUUAUGACCUACAAAGGGUUGAAGACGAAGCUGGAGAGUACGGUAAACACUUUCCUUGGGUUUGAGGGUAAGGAGCCCAUGACGUACAGAGUCAAAGUCAAGACUGAAGACAUGUCGAAGGAGUUCAAGGAGAAGUUGGAGGGUGCUAGUGCCUAG